GAUUUUAAGCGGGUCUGCUCUUUUUCCGUCCUCCCCCAAACGGCCUCGUGCACUGGUUUGGUGUGUUUUUGUGAGGAGCCUGUGAAGACUUGGAAGGAGAUCUUUGAUGAUGAAUGAAUGAUGACAUGAUGACAAUGAAGCACUGCCAGCACCAAGCAAUGCAGGCUAUUAUUAGCAAGCGCUUCUACGAGACAACCAUCUCUUCAACCGUACCGCCGCAUAUCGUAGAAAUGCAACCAACAGAAGCAUUUAGACUCUUAUUUUUUGCUCGCCGGUGACAAUGCAGCUGCGGCCUCUUCAGAGACACGCCACACACAGACUGUUGCCAGGCAACCCCAGCCCAAACAGGAGCCUCCGCACUGGGAGGAAAGAGCGAGCGUUUUGGGAUCAUGGACGCCUCUCGUGACAAAAGCAGCCAGCAAAUGGGAAGAGGAUGAGCUCCAUGGCGCUCUCGGCCGUGUUGGACAAGCAUAUUAGUCGCCUGUGUCUCAACCAGUUUCCCUGUGGAAAAGGCAGCUGGCGGAAGAGCAAAGUCAACGCCGAGGAGGCGGACAAGGAGGACACGGACAUGCUUUUGGACCUCCUGAGUUGUCCCCACUCGCCAUGGAGGAUGGACGAGCUGUGGAGCCAGCAGGCCGCCGCCCUAAGACGGGUGGCCGUGGUGGCGCCCGAGCGCAUCAACGCCGAUUUCAUUUGCAGCUUCUUCAGCACGCUGCGCAUCGUGGACAAGGACGUGUCAGUCAUCGAUGACUGCCUGCUGAAGUUCUGCAAUCUGGAGGAACUCGUGCUGAGUGCCAACAAAAUCUCGGAAAUCUCAGCAGACAAUCUUCCCAGAACUUUGAAGGUGUUGGAGCUGCGAGCCAACUGUCUGUCUGCUCUGGGCCGCCUGGCCAACUCCCCGCCGCCACGCCUGCAGUACCUGGGCCUGGCGUCCAACGGACUGGGCUCCCAUUGUGAUGUCACUCAGCUCACAGGAAGGCACUGGCCUCAGCUGGUGUGUCUGGACCUGAGCGACUGCGACUUCCAGGCCCAGUGGCCCCUCUUGAAGGCCCUGAGCACCAUGCCUUGUCUCAGAACGUUGGUGCUGGAGGGAAACCCCUUCACCCUGACCCCCUCCUAUCCGGGCUUCACCGUGGACGCCCUGCCCCGCCUCUCCUACUUGGACGCCUCGUGGAUCACCCCCGAGGAGAGACACCGCUACCGAGGGAUGGCCAAGAUGAGCCCGGUGAUGGUGGACUGGGCCUCAGCCACAGUGCGAGUGGGCCGCAUGAGGGGGAUCCCGGACCCGCUCAUCAAUGAAGAGCCUGAUGCUCCCGAAUUUCCCAUCGUCAGUUACAGCUACUUGAUCACAUACAUGUUCUUUAGUCAUCAGACCACCUCCUACCAGGAAGUUGACGGCAAGCUGAAGGUCAAAGACCGAGGCGGCGCCGGCAAAACUAGCAAGAGAAGUGAAAAGGAAACGUCCAAAUCGGACGCCAGUGUCAAAUCUGACAACAGCCGCCUGGACACACCGUGUGAGUCGAGACACAGCACGUCGCGCCGCCCCUGGUCGACCUGCGUCGACUUUACCGACGCGCUGACGCUCAUCGUGCGAGACGUGAGGGGCUUCAAGAAAUUCCUCAGCCGAGGACUUCAGGUUCACGUGGAACAGGAGAAGGUGCUCUCAUGGCCUGUCGAGGUGUCAGACGACGCCCCCCCGGCCAAGGAUGGUCAAGCUGCCACAGACAAGAAAAGAGAAAAACAAGAGCUGUUUCUCAGGAUCUACUGCAAAAACAACUCAAAGAUCCUCGAUAUGACAGCAGCAUUUUGCUAUCUUGAAGAACUUCUUGUCAAAACGCUAAUCAAAGAGCCUCUGUAUGUAUUUUGCUGUUUUUAAGAACUUACUGUCGAAAUGGUAGUCAAAGAUCAUCUACAUGACAGGAGCUGUUUUAAGCAUCUACCGCAAAAAUGCGACCCAAAAGAUCCUCCACAUGACAGCAGCAUUUUGCUGUUUUUAAGAACUUGCAACUGCAAAUAUGCUACUCAAAGAUCCUGUUUAAGACAGGAGUGCACUGCCAUUUUGACCGACCUAUUGCAAAAUGCUACUCAAAGAUCCUCUAUGUAUAGACGGGGCCAUUUUGCUCUUUUUAAGAACUUACUGUAAAAAUGCUAGUCAAAGAUCCUCUAUGCCAAGAGUGUGCUGCUUUCUUUAACAAUCUAAUGUAAAAAAGCUAGUCAAAGAUCCUGUAUGUGACGUGAGUGCUCUCUGCCUUUAAGGACAGACUGCAAAAAUGCAAGUCAAAGAUCCUCUACGUAUAUGUACAAGUAUGUGCUGCUUUAUGGUAGUCAAAGAUCAUGCAUGUGACAGGAGUGAUCUGCUGUUUUGAAGAAUCUACUGUUAAAAAAAAAGCUAAUAAGCUAGUCGAAGAUCCUGUAUGUGACGUGAGUGCUCUGCUGUUUUUAAGGACAUACUGCAAAAAUGUGGUUCACAGAUCCUCCAUACGACAGAAGCUCUUUUAGGACCUACUGCAAAAACACUAGUCAAAGAUCCUCUACGUGACAAAAGCACACUCCUGUAUUUUAAGAGCUACAGUAAUAAAAGACCAUUCAAAGAUCCUCUAUAUGACAGGAUCAUUGUUCUGUUUUGGCAUUUGAGUGGCUUUAGAGUGCACUUGACAGCCUCUAACUGUA